CGUAGGUCGCGCAGCUAUUUCUGACGAACGCAAAGCCACAACACUCGCGUAUCCUCGCCUCUUACCCUUUCUCACGCAUAAUUGCGUCGCCUCCUGCUGUCGUGGCCCGCGAGCCCAUCUGCGAGAGCCCCCAGCCUUUUCCCACAACCCCGCCGGUAUCCCGUGCACGCACCAUGGCGCUCGCCGAAGAGACGAAGCGCAUCGCCGCGCAGUUCGACUAUUCCGAUCAAGAUGUGAACGUUGGCGUUCGAGAGUUCUUGAAGCAAAUGCAUGAAGGAUUGGAACGAGACGGCACCAGCCUGAGCCAGAUCCCGACUUACGUGACCGGCGUGCCCAACGGCACCGAGAAGGGGCUGUACCUAGCCGUCGACCUAGGGGGCACAAACUUCCGGGUCUGUUCAAUCCAUCUAAACGGCGACACCACCUUCAACCUGACUUACAGCAAAGUUGCGAUCCCGAAGGAGUUGAUGGUGGCAAAAAAGGCCAGCGACCUGUUCAGCUUUUUAGCGAAACAGAUCGAGCUAUUCCUCAGAACCCACCACGGAGCCCAUUUCGACGCUAGCAUCCGCCGGCGGCAGACUGUGAGCACCCCGGAGGGCUUCCGCGACGAACACAUCUUUCGGCUUGGAUUCACCUUCAGUUUCCCCGUCCAACAAUUUGGUAUCAAUAAGGGCACUUUAAUGAGGUGGACCAAAGGGUUCGACAUCCCGGACGCAAUUGGCAAGGACGUCUGUGCCUUACUGCAACAGGAGAUCGAUAACCUUCACCUCCCAGUCAAGGUGGCUGCUCUGGUGAACGACACCGUUGGCACGCUAAUGGCCCGCUCGUAUACAUCGCCGGGCAAGACGUCGACCCUCGUGGGCGCCAUCUUCGGAACGGGCACCAAUGGAGCCUAUGUGGAGAAGGCCUCCAACAUAAAGAAACCUAUCAAGGGCGAUUACGAUAGAUCGACGGGUCGCAUGAUCAUAAACACUGAGUGGGGUUCCUUCGACAACCAACUGAACGUAUUACCCAACACCUCGUACGACAUCGCGCUAGAUCAGGAGAGCGUCAAUCCUGGCAUUCAGAUCUUCGAGAAGCGGGUAUCCGGCAUGUUCCUGGGCGAGAUCGUUCGUCUAGUCAUCGUCGACAUGCUUAAGAACGCGGAAAUCUCGCUGUUUCGCGACGAUCACUCUGGCCAGAACGAUUGGAAGUCUACGACAACAAUCGCCCCCGAGUCGGGACUGUUCAAGCAAUGGGGCCUCGACAGCUCACUCAUGUCCGUCGCCGCGGCUGACAGCACACCGGAUCAUUCAUCCCUGCGCCAGGAGCUCGAGAAACAGUUACAUAUCUACGCCGCCUCGCUCGAGGAUGCCCGGGCCUUCAAGGACAUCGCGUAUGCCGUUGGCCGCCGUGCGGCAAGGUUAUCCGCCGUCGCCCUCGGCGCCAUUGUGCUGCAGAGCGGGCAGCUCCAGGAGCCGGGCGACGAGCCGAUCGACAUCGGAGUUGACGGCAGCCUCGUAGAGCAUUAUCCCUUCUUCCGGGACAUGAUCUACGAGGCUCUAGCGGCGGUCGAGGGCAUCGGCCCGGAGGGCGCAAAGCGCAUCCGCAUUGGCAUCGCCAAGGACGGCAGUGGCGUUGGCGCCGCCCUGAUCGCGCUUGUUGCGGCAGGUAUGGAGAAGAAAGCGAACGUGGACUACCUCCACGGCGUCCGGAAUGGUAUCGUGCACAAAUUCACGGACUCGGCCCGCCAGCUGACAGCAACGGUAGGUUGAUUACCGCUAUGGCAUGUCUCCAGAUACACCUGGCUCUAUUUUUUUUUUUUUACUCCUAGGUGUAUCUAGUUAAUCACCAUAGAGGUGGUGGGAUUGGGUGGGAAGGAAAGGGGAACGGAGGUGGGGAGGUAAAGAACGGGAAAUGUCGAAAUGUGUACAGAUGGGUCAGUGUAUGGAUUAUGCUACCUGCCACCUCGGCCUGCGAUCAUGACGGAAGGUGGGAAUUAAACGAAGGUUUUGAUGAUGAGUUUACUGUUAGAUCCACUACUAGCGCAAAUGGUGGAUCAUGAAGCCUAUUCA